GCGGGGGUCGCGCGGGUCGCGAGGGCCCUGGGGUCCGGAGCCCGCGGCCUGGCUGUGGGGUUGGGGCUCCCAGGCUCCGCGCCCCAAGUUCUCCUCGGCCCGAGCGGGAGGAGCUGCGGGCGGUGAUGAGGGAGGGCGGAGGAACGCGAGAUGGGGGUCGCUGGCCGGCCUUGUCCGGCGGACCCGAGGCCCGGGGCCCCGCCCGGGAGGCCCCGCGGCCCGGCGCGCCAGGUGGGCGGUCUUGCCGGCCCCGAAAGUCUGAGAAGCAUGAAGCUCCUGUGUUUGGUGGCCGUGGUCGGAAGUCUGCUGGUGCCCCCAGCCCAAGCCAACAAGAGUUCUGAAGAUAUCCGGUGCAAAUGCAUCUGUCCACCAUAUAGAAACAUCAGUGGACACAUUUACAACCAGAAUGUGUCACAGAAGGACUGCAACUGCCUGCACGUGGUGGAGCCCAUGCCGGUGCCCGGCCACGAUGUGGAGGCCUACUGCCUGCUGUGCGAGUGCAAGUACGAGGAGCGUAGCACCACCACCAUCAAGGUCAUCAUCGUCGUCUACCUGUCGGUGGUGGGCGCCCUCCUGCUGUACAUGGCCUUCCUGAUGCUGGUGGACCCUCUGAUUCGAAAGCCGGACGCCUACACCGAGCGGCUGCACGACGAGGAGGAGAACGAGGACGCUCGCUCUGUGGCGGCCGCCACCUUCUCCGGGCCGCGGGCGAACACGGUCCUGGAGCGCGUGGAGGGAGCGCAGCAGCGGUGGAAGCUGCAGGUGCAGGAGCAGCGGAAGACGGUCUUCGAUCGGCACAAGAUGCUCAGCUAGGCAGCCGUGCCGCCGGGUCACGGUCAAGGCAGGACCGGAGGCCGCGCCUGCCAGCCUCCAGGGCUGGACGGAGCUGGCCACUCUCCCCACUCGGUGCCACCCUCCGAGUCUCCCCUUUAAAGCCCGGGGCAUUUUCCCUUCUCCCUCUGUUUUGACAUGUGCUCAGCUGCAUGAUCUAGGAAAAGCGCUGGGUCCAUGGUCUCAGUUUGCCUGCGCAGGUGGUCUUCAGGGGAGGGAGGGCUGGGGUUCUUGGGACUGGAGCGACCCCGUCACCUUGCUCCCUCCUCGCCACCCUCCCGGCUGCAGACCUUGGGAGCUCGGUCGUCAGGAACCGAGUGUGGGAGAGGAAGGCACAGCCAGCCUCCUCCCGACCCGACUCCUCGGCCCGGGCAUGGCCUCACUCCAGCCCUCGGGACGGCUCUGCUGGGAAGGCUGAUGCCACAGCCCGGCCGUUGUCCUCAGGGCACACCUUCCCCUUCCUCUUCUCCCAUCGAGGCAGGCAGAGCCAAGGACCCUGCGUACUCUGCCUCCUGGCCCCGCUCCCACUUCAGGAAGCCAGGCAGUGCCCCCUCCUCCCGCCCCGGUCUGCAAUUGCUGAGCCGUUGGUGGGACCACAGGACCCCGAGGCCGAGCGGUGGCUCUGAGCACCUGGGCGCCUAUCCUCAGAUGGACACUUGUCCCUGAAUUUCAUUGUACCAGUGCAUGGAGAGGAACGUCAUCCUCUGUUACUUGUAAAUCAAGGAAGCAUCA